AUGAACUUCUCCUUUACUUUGAGUGCCGAGCGGCCACACGAGCCUAGACACUUUAAAAGUUUCCUUGAACACCGCAUCCUUGCAAUUGCCGCCGUCCAACAAAACCUUGCGAGCGAGGAGCUCGCCUUGACCGAUGAAAAUAUUGCGGCUGUUUUCAGUCUUCUUUGUGUCGAAGAGAACUUCUAUAUCCAUGCUACGGAGAUCUAUUCCAAGGCCGGGAGAUAUCUGCAGCAGGACGACAUACAGAGGGCAACCCAUUUAGCAGGGUUACAGCGCAUGUUGUCCAUUCGUGGAGGCGCCGGCUCGCUGGAAAGCUCGCGUGUGCUACAGGCCUUCAUCAUACGAUGGAUCUGCACGCCCCGUGGAUGCCGGCUGGCCUAUGUCAUCCCACAGGCAAUCCCUGUCGAUAGGGAGAGUUCGACUGGUCCACAGCGUGAUCCGCUCUUUUUAACCGAACCUGACAUCCUGGCUGACGAUUUCUUGCAACGUGUGUACAAUUAUCCUUCUGCAUCUGCCUUUGCUCGGCAGCAUUCAACGAUGACUGCCGCAUGUAGAAAGAUUGGAAUGAGUGAGGCUGUAAUCAGAAUCAUCUCUACUGAUGACUGCUUAAGAAAGGAUGCUCUAGCAUGGCUCAAAGACCCUGACAACCACCCUUGGGAUGCCUUAGACAUACAGAACGUAUUUUCAAUGACCAUUGGGAACCUAUCAUCUUGGAUCCUGGAAAAUGAAUCAAAAAUGUCCGCCGCAGAAAACAUCACGCUGCUCUGCAUUUUCGUGGUGGUCUCGUGGACUGGGAUUGGCAGCACCGGUUGCGGACUUCAUGGUAUUCUUUCCAGGAUGAGAAGGUAUUUCGACUCCGAUCACGUCAUGCUAGAGCUGAAAAUCGCUGGUAUUGAGGUCUGGGUCAGUGUUAUUCUUCUCAUUAUAUCAAUGGGGAUUCCCACUCAUUGGGACUACUUCUUCGGUAGGUGCACCGCGAUGCUGGCGGAUCGAAUACCCCGAAUCGAGACAUGA